GGUGUAUGUCUUGAGUCCAAGCAGUUCUGGCUUACUUCUAAAUCAUGGUUCGAGCAAACCAGGUUAAUUUCAAGGUUUGAUGCAGGAGAGUCCAUGUAGUCUUUUGCCCGUUUCUCCCCAAAGACUUUGGAAGAGGUUUUGCUUGCUUUUGCAAUGCUGGAUCUGGCCUACUGAACUGCAGUCCUGUCCCAAACUAGUUCUUUUAUCAAUUAAAAACAGCAUUUUGGAUGGUUUUUCUCUUCCGUUUUGCUGCAGAUGGACAAACGCCGCAGAACUGAGAAUCUCCUGACUUGUGGGUGAUUCAUAUAUUCCUAAUAUGAAGUCCUAUAGGACAGCGGUCACCCACUGGUGGUCUGCGAGAAAAUUUUGGUGGUCCGCAGAAGAAUUAUUUGCAUUUUUAUACUGCACUAAAUCAGGGCCUCUGGGCCAGAUACGUGCAAUGAACAUUUGUGUUGCUGCAAAAUAACAUCUCAUUUCCAAGAACAGAAGAAGACCAUACGAUGCGUUUAAAACCCCCUUACCUAACAAUACGUUGAUCUGCAGAUACUCCCUGGUGGUGGUUGUUUUUUUUUGUUUUUUUUAAAAAACUCUUUUUCUUUGCAUUUACGUUUAGUAUUUUUGAAUGAGACAAGUUUUUAUAAACCUUUGCCCGGAGCAAGAAGAGGAGGAAUGGCGUCUGCAAUGAGGAUGACCAAGAACAAGGAUAACAUCCCCCACGAGUUAGAGAGCCAGUUUAUUUUGCGGCUGCCUCCGGAAUAUGCUUCUACCGUGCGGAGGGCUGUUCAAUCUGGAAGCGUCAACUUGAAGGACAGGCUCACAAUUGAAUUGCACGCGGAUGGGCGUCACGGAAUUGUGCGAGUAGACCGUGUCCCCUUAGCUGCCAAGUUGGUGGAUUUGCCCUGCACCAUGGAAAGCUUGAAGACCAUCGAUAAGAAGACUUUCUACAAGACGGCUGACAUUUGCCAGAUGCUUGUGUGCACAGUGGAUGGAGACCUCUACCCUCCUUUGGAAGAACCACCCGUUAGUACUGAUGCUAGAGCCAACAAGAAGAAGGAUAAGGACCGGGAGAAGAAGUUUAUCUGGAAUCACGGCAUUACGCUCCCGUUGAAGAACGUCCGAAAAAGGAGGUUCCGAAAGACUGCUAAGAAAAAGUAUAUCGAGUCACCAGAUGUCGAGAAAGAAGUGAAGCGCCUUCUCAGCACAGAUGCCGAAGCCGUCAGUGUCCGCUGGGAAGUGAUUGCCGAAGAUGAAACGAAAGAAGCCGAGAAUCAUGGGUCAUUUACAGGCCUGGAUAUUUCUUCUCCUGGCAUGACUGGACAUAAACAAGGCCAUGGAUCUUCAGCAGAACGUGACGAACUCCGGGAGAUGUUCAAUGAAAUCAGCAGCAGCAGCAGCGACGAAGAAGAGAGAGAUCACCAUGACGAUGAAGAUCUGAACGUGAUGGAUACAGAGGAAGACUUGGAGAGGAGGCUGCAGGGCAAGCUGAACGAAUCCAGCUCCCAGCAGCAAGAGAACGAAGGAACCAGCCAAAUCGCGAUUGGAAUCCAGAAGCAAAUUGACAACCUGAAGGGGAAGCUGCAGGAGACCCAGGAGCGCAGGAAACGCCAAGAAGACCUCAUCAUGAAAGUGGAAAAUCUGGCACUCAAGACCCGCCUCCAAGCCGUGCUGGAUGAGUUCAAACAACAAGAAGAGCGAGAGAAACAGCAGCUGGGAUCUCUUCAGGAUCAGCUAGAAGCUCUGAUGGAAAAAUGAACCUCUAAACCUCCAAGAAAAGAAGCUCUGAUGUUGACUAAGAAGUUCCUUCUCUUGGUGCUGCGGCCUGCAUAUUCUUCAGUGCAGACUCAUCCUAACGUCUGAGCCAAUUAGCAAGUUCCUUGUAGAAAUCUAGAUAAACUUCUAGCCAGGGCUCCAGAAGUGGUGGCUUACAAAAUAGCACGUGCGCAAAACAGGCAGAAAACGUGAAUGUUUUGCAAAGAACGGAAUUUCCUGGAAGACGGUCACAAAACCAGUGUUCGUUACUGAAAGCAAAAUUCACUUUGGGACCAUUUUUGGUUCUUUUUCAGUUCUGCAUCUUUUUUUGUUUUCCAAUGAGCCAAUAUCGCAAUUUUAUGUUUUCAGGGGCACGAAAUCGAUCCUUUCUGGCAUGAGGGAUGACAACACCCUGCGUAUUUGUAAACACUGGUUGUGAGAAACAAAAGUUUGCCUUCUAACGUAACUCUUUACAGCGUCUGUCUUCAAGAGUGUUGUGAAAUAAAAACAAAAGUUUUCUGUAUAUACA